UUAUUUAAGACGAUAUUUUUUUAUAUAUUUGUGUUGUUCUAAUACUAUAUUGUAGAUACGAUUUUUUUCGUGGUAUUUACGCUUUUAAUCCAAUUUCUUUCUUAGUCUUUAGCAGUUGUUACAAAAUCUUUGCAUUGGUCAUGUUGGCGCCUCUAUGAAUUCCCUCUAAUCUAUGCCGUAAUUUAACUUAAAAUUUAUGUUGAACCUUUACAUUUAUACUCUUCGAAUUCCGGUAAUUAAUUCAAUAAUUACAAUUUACAUUAUCAUCAGUUGAUAAGAAACAUUCCGUGAAUAUUUUGUAUAUUUGUUUUAAUUUUUACGUUGUACAAAUAUAAUGGUGUUCUCUAAUGACGUGCUUGUAAUCACAACAAAUAAAUAAACCGGCCUAACCUAAAAUAAAUACAGAACUACACGUAAAUAUAAACAAUGGUGUCCAGUGAAGAAGAGUCUGAGAUAAAAACUGGCGACGCUCUUGAAUGGGAUGUUGAAAUGGAAAUACAACUAUUUUACGCGAUGGCGAAUCAUAAACCGGUCGGCAUAAACAAACAUUUUCACAUGGCGUGUAUUUGGGAAAAACUUUCUAAUUCAAUUACAAAAGAGGUAUCCACACAAGAUAUUUGGAAACAUUUAGAGACACUAUACGACAUUUCUUUGUUGGAUGACACUGAGAGAAUACCAUUUCCCAACCAUGAAGUGCCGUUUAGUUUGCCCGAAAAUGAAUUUGGGAGUUUAAUUAAACAAAAAUGCAAAGAAUCUAUGUUGACUGACGAUAGUGAAGAUGGCCGCAGCCCCUCUCCUAAACCCUCAACACCUAGAAGUACAUCUAAAGAUUCUACACCUAAAGCAAUACGCAAAGACAGCAUAAGCGCAUUAGCAACCAAAACACGCAAGGAAAGUGGUAGUUCUCAUGCCUCUACUGAUACGCCAAGCAUCAAAUCGGAGAAGGAUUACGAUCGAAGAAGAGACUCCAGGGACUCAAACGCGUCAGGCACACGUGACAGUUCCACUAGCAGGAAAUCAACAUCGCAGAGAGAUAAAUCAUCAAAAUCCAAAGUUAGCGCUGUUUCAGUAUGGGACUCGCCCCUCAUAGACGAAGACGGCGGCUCACGCCGCGGUCGCCGUCGCGCUAACACCUCCACGCCGCCUGCAACCACGCCGGCGAAGCGCCGCCGCACUUGACACACGCACACCCACUCUUAUCAUCACUUCUUCUGACAUACGCGCCCCUGGUGGGGCUACCGGCCUCACCCUGGACGGGGGGAUAAAAGAAGCCAUGCGGUUAAUGUGUUCUUCAUGUAGUGUUCUUUUUAUUUAAAUGUGUUCACAUACAGUGCUUUUAUAGUCUUAUCUUCAGUACUCUGAUGAAUAGUUUAUAUCAAAGGCCAAGUAUCGGCGCGCAUUGCACCCAUCUCUGUUUCGCGAGCGCAUGCGCGUACAGCCAAUCUGAUUAACAGUAACAACCUUGUUAAUGUUUCAUAAUUUCUAAUAUCUCACUGCCCUUAUGAUGCAAUUAGAAUGCACAUCUAGUUGUACCAUCUUUUUGACACAAAUCGUGCAUAGAUAACGAAAAAAAUUCAAAUACAAAUGUAUAUAUUUCUUAAUGAGUCAUUGUUACUUAGAUUGUAGUUUCAUAGUUACAGGAAAUAAUGUAUAAUUAAUAUUGCAGAUUUUUGGCUCUUUUAUUACCUAAUGUCAGUGGUAUAGUGACCCUAAAAUGCCAUUUUAUCAUAUACAACUAUAGACAAAUGGGCUCAUCGUAAGAAAUUCAAUAAUAUUUUUCUCAUUAUUUGACUAAUAUUUAACUGUCAACUAUAAAAUAUUCGUAUUUUAACGACUUCGACGUGCUAAACUUUGGAUUCUGGAAAAUUUAUUUUGAUAGAAGUUUUGACUUAAAGGUCCGUUCGUAUACGAUGAAACAAAGUAAUUCCACGCCGAACCUAGUUAAUUUGAUAGCAAGUGGCAUAGUAGUGUGUUGUCGCAUAAUUUGCUGCUACGUUUUUUUCAGCGCGUAUACCGAAGACAUACUUAUUAUGUGCCAGUUAAACAUGAUGCAGUUACUGUAAUUAUACAACCUCAAAAUGUUGCUACAAUUCUAAUUAGUCAAUGAGAUAUGGGAACUUAUAAGUCUCUCCUUAAUAAAAUGUAUACAAGU